GCAAGAGAGAGACCUUCGUCCAUGGCUUAUGUUUAGCGUUGCUGUGUGUGUGAGAGCAGAGAGAGGGAGAGAGAGAGGGGGAGAGAGAGAGAGAGAGAGGAGAGAGAGAGAGAGAGAGAGAGAGAGAGAGAGAGAGAGAGAGAGAGAGAGAGAGAGAGAGAGAGAGAGAGAGAGAGAGAGAGAGACAGAGAGCGAGACCUUCGUCCAUGGCUUAUGUUUAGCGUUGCUGUGUGUGUGAGAGCAGAGAGAGGGAGAGAGAGAGGGGGAGAGAGAGAGAGAGAGAAGGAGAGAGAGAGAGAGAGAGAGAGAGAGAGAAAGAGAGAGAGAGAGAGAGAACAAAAGAGACAGACUGACAGACAUCUAAAACACUGGAAUUUCUCUUCGUCUUUCGACCUACAGCGUUCUUUAACAAUGGAGAAAAGGGACUUCAGUGAGAUCUCCGACACGUGCAAGUGGGAGUCGCCAGAUUACGAGCCAUGGUUUCCUGUGUCGGAGAAGUCCAACCCCCUGACUCGUGACAUCGACAAGUCCUCGCCCAAUCAUAUUGUCCAUCUGCUGGCAGCCUGCGACGCACAGAUGUUCCAAAAGGACACAGGAACCACCUACCAGAGGCUGUUCAGUGACAGUGUGGUGUUGACCAUGCUGGAGGUGGCCAGGACGGUGGAGCAAAUUCUCAGGGACCCAGAGGAUAGUCUGGUUGUGUUGAGUGGUUGUGGAACCUCUGGUCGCUUGGCCUUCCUUAUGGCGUCAUGUUUUAACAGAGCCCUGAGAGACAGGCAACAGAACACUGUUUACUCUUAUAUCAUUGCUGGGGGAGACAGAGCCCUGCUCACAUCCCAGGAGGCAUCAGAGGAUGACCCCAAACAAGGCAUGCUCACACUGGAGAAGCUAUGUGAAGGAAAGAGGCGUGUCCUGUUCAUCGGCAUUUCCUGUGGCCUGUCUGCUCCAUUUGUAGCAGGACAGCUGGACUUUUGUCUGAAACACCCUGACAUCUACACUCCUGUACUGGUGGGAUUCAACCCCGUCACACAGGCCAGGGAGGAGACCAUGCCAGGCUACAGUCUGACUUUCAGGGAAGUGGUCCAGAGGAUGGAGGAGCAGAGAGGUCAAAGGGCAUUCAUCAUCAACCCAGCAGUUGGGCCAGAGGCCAUCAGUGGUUCCUCCAGAAUGAAGGGGGGCAGUGCCACCAAGAUCCUACUGGAGACUAUCCUGGCAGCCGGAAACAGCUGUGGUGGAGGGAAGAGACACACACGGAGGACACGACAGACAGAUCAAGUUCUCCUGGACAUGAUGAGAGGAUAUGAGAGAGUCUAUAGUGUCACCUACAGUCACAGUGACCAGAUAGCAACACUGCUACAGACCGCAGGACUCAGCUUGCAGUGUGGUGGACGUGUGUGUUACCUGUCCUGGGGGUCUCUAGGUUUAGUGGGACUCAUCGAUGCCAGCGAGUGUAUCCCGACAUUCGGAGCAGACUAUGAGGACAUCCGAGGCUUCAUCAGUGGAGGAUACCAGGACAUGGACAACAUAGAGGGAGACCUCACAUCACUGGGAUCCCAGUUCUGUAUAGCCCAUGAGGACUUUGUGAGUCUGGUUCUGCCUACUUUGAGUGACAGAGACACCGUCCUACUGCUAUACACAUGUCAUGAUGACGUUGGUGAUGUAGAGAAGAUGGUCCACAGAGUGAGAGAGAAGACCUCCAACCUACACUCUCUCUAUCACGGACUAGAGGGAGACACCGCUGUUGACAGCAUUGGUCUCCUGUGUUCAUCUGUCCUCAACAUAACCUGGCCCUCCUCCUCUACUGUCCACAUGCAGUGGGAGCUGUCCAGUAAGUUGGUGCUGAAUGCUGUGAGUACAGGAAGUCACAUUUUAAAGGGAAAGAUCUACAGGAACCACAUGGUAGACCUACAGGUCACCAACAGCAAACUGUACCACAGGGCUAUACACAUACUACAGAAGUUGUCAGGUGUCUCCCUGACCCAGUGUGAGGAGGCUCUAUUGAAGGCCAUCUAUCAUGUGGAGCAACUUCCAGAGGACAUCACCUCAGCUGGGGUCACCACACACACACUCACCGCCAGCCGCAGGAACAGGGUGGUCCCGCUGGCGUUAGUCUGUCUGCUGAUUGGUUGCUCUCUCUCUGAGGCGGAGUCUCGUCUGGAGUCCCACCCAGUGGUGCGUGACGCUGUAGAGGCUUGUCUGACAUCAUCACAACAUCUGACAUCAUCACCAGGAGACCAGAACUCCACAAAUCAUUGACUUCCUAUAGUUUGAAACUUUAUGAUACUAUAGUAUUAUAAUUAUACUAUACUUUGAUUAACUAUACUUUAAUAAUAUGUUUUGAUAAGAUCAGUUCGUAAACUCUAAAGGAAUGUGGUGGAUAUAACCUUAAUCAUUUAUCUUCCAUUUACUAACAUAACAAACACUACAUAGUAUGAUAACAUUCGGAAAGUAUUCAGACCCAUUGACAUUUCCCACAUUUUGUUACGUUACAGCCUUAUUCUAAAAUUGAUUAAAAAUAAAUAAAAAAUCAGCAAUCUGUACACAGAACCCCAUAAUUAUAAAGUGAAAACAGGUUUGUAGAAUGUUUGCAAAUGUAUUAAAAACAAACAUAAAUAGCUUAUUUACAUAUGUAUUCAGACCCUUUGAUAUGAGAAUCGAAAUUGAGCUCAGGUGCAUCCUGUUUCCAUUGAUCAUCCUUGAGAUGUUUCUACAACUUUACCUGUGGUAAAUUCAAUUUAUUGGACAUGAUUUGUAAAAGGCACACACCUGUCUAUAUAAGGUCCCACAGUUGACAGUGCAUGUCAGAGCAAAAACCAAGCUAUGAGGUCGAAGGAAUUGUCCGUAGAACUCAGAGACAGGAUUGUGUCGAGGCACAGAUCUGUGGAAGGGUACCAACACAUUUCUGCACCAAUGAAGGUCCCCAAGAACACAAUGGCCGCCAUCAUUCUUAAAUGGAAAAAGUUUGGAACCACCAAGGCUCUUCCUAGAGCUGGCCACCCGGCCAAACUGACCAAUCAGGGGAGAAGGGCUUCUGUCAGGGAGAUGACCAAGAACCCGAUGGUCACUCUGACUGAGCUCCAGAGUUCCUCUGUGGAGAUGGGAGAACCUUCCAGAAGGACAAACAUCUCUGCAGCACUCCACCAAUCAGGCCUUUAUGGUAGAGUGGCCAGACGGAAGCCACUCCUCAGUAAGAGGCACAUGAGAGCCCGCUUGGAGUUGGCCAAAAGGCCCAUUAAGGACUCUCUUAAGGCCUGGACUGAUGAAACCAAGAUUGAACUCUUUUGCCUGAAUGCCAAUUAUCACGUCUGGAGGAAACAUGGCACAUCCCUACGGUGAAGCAUGGUGGUGGCAGCAUCAUGCUGUGGGGAUGUUUUUGAGCUGCAGGGACUGGGAGACGAGUCAGGAUCGAGUAAGAGAUGAACAGAGAAAAGUACAGCGAGAUCCUUGAAGAAAACCUGCUCCAGAGUGCUCAGGACCUCAGACUGGGGCGAAGGUUCACCUUCCAACAGGACAACGACCUUAAACACACAGCCAAGACAACGCAGUAGUGGCUUCGGGACAAGUCUCUGAAUACCCUUGAGUUGCCCAGCCAGAGCCCGGACUUGAACCCGAUCGAACAUCUCUGGAGAGACCUGAAAAUAGCUGUGCAGCAACGCUCCCCAUCCAACCUGACAGCACUUGAGAGGACCUGCAGAGAAGAAUGGGAGAAACUCCCCAAAUACAGGUGUGCCAAGCUUGUAGCAUCAUUCCCAGGACUUGAGUCUCUAAUCGCUGCCAAAGGUGCUUCAACAAAGUUCUGAGUAAAGAGUCUGUAUAUUUAUGUAAAUGUGAUAUUUCCAUUUUUUAUUUGUAAUACAUUUUCAACAAUAUUAUUAUUUUUUUUUGCUUUGUCAUUAUGGGAUGUUGUGUUUAGAUUGACGAGGAUAUUUUUUAUUUUAUUUAAUACAUUUUAGAAUAAGGCUGUAACAGUUAAUCUUUCAAUCACCCAUGUGGGUAUAUGCUCUUAAAAACCAAUGAGGAGAUGGGAGAGGCGGGACUCGCAGCCCAUCAAGCGUCACAAAUAGAACCAAGUUCUAUUUUAGCGCCUGGCUACGCAGACGAUCCUGGUUACGCGUGAGCAGUGUGGGUGCAAUGAUUGAAUAACAUGUAUGUGUAAAUUUAAUUUGCAACGCCCCCACAUAGGGCAGUAGAACAGCAGACUGUAACCAUGACAACAAGGUAGCACCAGAGGGCAGUAGAACAGCAGACUGUAACCAUGACAACAAGGUAGCACCAGAGGGCAGUAGAACAGCAGACUGUAACCAUGACAACAAGGUAGCACCAGAGGGCAGUAGAACAGCAGACUGUAACCAUGACAACAAGGUAGCACCAGAGGGCAGUAGAACAGCAGACUGUAACCAUGACAACAAGGUAGCACCAGAGGGCAGUAAAACAGUGGACUGUAACCAUGACAACAAGGUAGCGCCAGAGGGCAGUGGAACAGCAGACUGUAACCAUGACAACAAGGUAGCACCAGAGGGCAGUAGAACAGCAGACUGUAACCAUGACAACAAGGUAGCGCCAGAGGGCAGUAGAACAGCAGACUGUAACCAUGACAACAAGGUAGCACCAGAGGGCAGUAGAACAGCAGACUGUAACCAUGACAAUAAGGCAACACCAGAGGGCAGUAGAACAGCAGACUGUAACCAUGACAACAAGGCAGCACCAGAGGGCAGUAGAACAGCAUACUGUAACCAUGACAAUAAGGCAGCACCAGAGGGCAGUAGAACAUAACAUGAGAAAAUCUACUGCAACUGUAGUUGGAAAGAAAGCCGUAGGUUGAUUUCCUGCCUGGGUUAGAUGGGUUGGUGUUGCAUUGCAGACUGUUAUAUCAUAUGAUGUGGUUAGCUGCUAUGUUAAACACCUAUUGAGGCGUUGUGAGAUCUGGCAUUCGUCCGCAAUGUAGUAGGGCAGGAACUCGACCGUAUAGAGACGUUGGAGCUGGACGCCACGUUGUUACCUCUGAACAGUCCAUUCACCCACUCAUGAGCUGUGAUGUUCAGACAUUUCCAUCAAUUGCUAUUGGACAAUCUUGACCAGAAACCUGUGGGCCACAUGGUUAGAAUAUCAGCACCUAUAAGCCAACAUGUCAAAGCUGUGAUCCACCUCUAGCUAUUUGGAGUUAUCUGUUAACAAAGCCUAUGUUCUGACACAGUCCUGAGGUCUCAUUGGUUCACUUCCAGUUAUAAAAAAAAUCUGUUUCAGACCAUUUUCUAAAACAUUUUCUUCAAAGCAAGUUUACCUAAACAGUUAAGGGACAUAGAACAUACUUGAGAAUAUUCUAAACUUUCCGCAGUGCAUCCAUGUUUCCUGACAUUAAUCAACAUUCUAAAUGUAAAAUCUCCUGUAGGGAUCCGUCUCCCAGUGAGAUAAUAUUUAUCACAAAAAAGGUCUGAACGUAUCCCACAGCCAAUGUAGCAUUGUGCUGAUACUGACAGUGUCUGUUUCUGCCUUGUGUCCGUGAGGCUACGGCUCAGAUUGGACUGUGGUGUAACACAUCCUCAAUCCCUCUGUGGCAAAUUAAAAGACACGCACACACGCACGCACACACACACACACACACACACACACACACACACACACACACACACACACACACACACACACACACACACACACACACACGCACACACAUAGAGGAUUAGAGUAACAUGGGUGCUGUUCUCUCUCGGAGUGACUGAGCUGCUUUAGAUCCGGUAUCCUGGAGCCAAUGUGGCACUCCUGGUGCACUGUACACACACUACACACACAGUACACACGACACACACACUACACAAACAUUACACACACUGAACAGAAUCUAAAAAGGGAUCUCACUCUCCUCUUCACAAAAUAGUUAGUCUUUAUCUGAACUAGAUCUUUUACAAAAGAGUUUAAAUGUUCGAGUCAGUGGAAAUCUUACGCAUGGUACCUUUAAGCAGCAACACAUUUCAACUAAACAGUAUUUUUCAUUUAAAAUAUUUUAUUUUAUUCAUUAUUAUACAUUAAAAUACAUUAGAAUCUUCAUUUGAAACUUUACAUGGUGUUCCCAAGGUUAUGUCACACAAGAUUGACAGCCGAACGGACCAAUAGCAGCAUAGACAUGUCCCACAGCACCACCAACCAACCAAUAGGACUUGAUUGACGCCCAAAACAAAACAAAACAUAGACUGCGUAGACUGAGCCUGAGAGAAUCGUAGUGCACAUCUCUGUCUCAACCCUGUGUAAAGAUAUGUUACAGUGUAGAUAUAUAGAUAUGAGGACUUCGCUCUAAACUACAAGUGUCAAAGUCCAUCCUGUUUGAUCUUACCCAUAAAUAUAUUCAAUACAUCCAGAUAACCCUUCAGUCAGGUACGACAACAACAACAACAGCAAUACCAGCUGUACCGCUAAUAAUGAGAUUAAAGAUAGAGAUAUAUGUCUCUCUUCACUCUCCCUCAUCUCUCUUGACACCAUGGUUGCAGUAAAAGCCUAUUUAUGCUUGAUCCGAAAAAAAUGUGGUCGGAGGCUCUGAACGGAAGGUGUGACGCAAUUGCAGAGCCUCCAGAGGCACACGGAGACCAAACUGGGCUCUGUACCGCAUCGCCGUUGGCCUUUCCAACUCUGUACCAAUGCGGACGGUUCCGUAUAGCUCCUCAUUGAAAUGAUUGGUUGACAAUCUCACUUCCUUGACAACAGCUCUGCGCUGCUCGGCGAUGGGCAAGAAGAAUGAAUUGCCUUGACUUCUGCAGAGGCCAUAAUCACCGUAAAUGCUGCUCCGGCCAAUGCAGACGUCGGAUUGACCACGCAACGUCUUUAUUAAGACUUUAGUGAUUACCGUUCCACAUGGUUAAAGCCCUCCUGCGUCAUAUCGCUUGACAAAACAACUGAACGCAACAACACAGACGCAGAUCAGGGGUGCGUUACCUUGACAACUCAACAACAACAACUUUCACGGGUCUGACAGAAAGCAGACACUUAAACAGUUUCCGUACUAGUGAUGAGCGAUUAACGGAAAUGUUGUACUUUUUUUUUAGCUAUUAAACAACUAAUUGACUGAAGUCAGUUCAAUUACUUGAAUUACAUUAAUUUUUUUGUGUGAGACCAACACACAAAUCAUUCAAGAGAGAAAUCAAUUCAAGAACUAUGUGGGACGCUGGGCUGAAGGGAGUUGUAGUUUUCAUAGACGGGUUGGAUUCACAACUAUGGGGCAAAACAGAUAUCCAUUCUUAUCCAAUGUUUAUCGAAUACAUAAAUACAUGUAUUGAUGAGCUAGCGAUUUUUUUUUGCCAUAUUGGCAUUGACAUGAAAUCAGCCAAAACAAGACAUGAUAUCAAUAACAAGAAACAUCCAGAAUCCCCACACGCUAGUUUCUUGUCAUUCUUGCUAGCAAUCUGGCCAUCCAGAAUCACAACAACAGGUUGACUUCUGCCCCACGGAAGCGCGCACAUCGUUUUCGUGAUAUCAGCUAACCCAUCUAUAUAUAUAUAUAUAUAUGACUUUAAAGAAUUAAAAAUAAUAAAAAUAAUUUAAUAAAACCUAAGUAAAUAUACACAACUGAAAUAUUGUAUUAUUUCAUAGUAAUUUCAAUAUGCUCUAUUGGUGUCUACCCAAUGUGGACCUGACAGAGUCAAUGGAAUAUUUUCUACAUGUUUUGGCAAUUGAAUGUUUACUAGUUUAGGCUUUGGAAUUUCUAUUAAAGAGCAAAUAUAUAUAUAUAUAUGUUUAAUUUCAUGAUUCCAUAAUGCAUUUAAAAUAUGUUUUAAUUAUCGAAAUUGAAAUGGAAAAAAAAACAUGAUUAUAUUUUAAUAAUCGAAACGAAACCGAACCAACUUCAAAAAGCACUAAUCGCUCAGCACUAUUCGGGUACCAAGCAUUAUAGGGAAGUUGUCCGUCAGA